AUGAUGCAGAAGCCCUUGCUGCAGCUCGUGCUGCUACUCGCCCUGCCCAGGAGCCUGGGGGGAAAGGAAUGUUCCUCUCCGCCCUGUGAGUGCCACCAAGAGGACGACUUCAGAGUCACCUGCAAGGAUAUCCAUGACAUCCCCAGCCUGCCGUCCAGUACACAGACUCUGAAACUUACAGAGACUCAUCUGAAAAUCAUUCCCAGUCACGCAUUUUCAAAUCUGCCCAAUAUUUCCAGAAUCUACUUAUCAAUAGACACAACUCUGCAACGGCUGGAAUCAUAUUCCUUCUACAAUAUGAGUAAAAUGACUCACAUGUAAGUACAAUGAAAACAGAACGAAACACUGCUUGAUCCUGGGUCAGCCUCACUACUUCCAUUGCUGUUGCUACUUGGAAUUUUCAACACUGGACUUAAAGUAUUUCCUGACCUGACCAAAGUGUAUUCCACUGAUGUGUUCUUUAUACUUGAAAUUACAGACAACCCUUACAUGACUUCAAUUCCUGUGAAUGCUUUUCGAGGGCUGUGCAAUGAAACCUUGACACUGAAAUUAUACAACAAUGGCUUUACUUCAAUCCAAGGACAUGCUUUCAAUGGGACAAAGCUGGAUGCUGUUUACUUGAACAAGAAUAAACACCUGACAGUUAUUGACAAGGAUGCAUUUGGAGGAGUAUUCAGUGGACCCACCUUUCUGGAUGUCUCCUAUACCAGCGUGAAAGCCCUGCCAUCUAAAGGCCUAGAGCACCUGAAGGAAUUGAUAGCAAAAAACACUUGGACUCUAAAGAAACUCCCACUUUCCUUGAGUUUCCUUCACCUUACACGAGCUGACCUUUCUUAUCCAAGUCAUUGUUGUGCUUUUAAGAAUCAGAAGAAAAUCAGAGGAAUCCUUGAGUCCUUAAUGUGUAAUGAGAGCAGUAUUCGGAGCCUGCGUCAGAGGAAAUCUGUGAAUGCCUUGAAUGGUCCCUUUUACCAGGAAUAUGAGGAGGAUCUAGGAGACAGCAGUGCUAGGUACAAAGAAAACUCCAAGUUCCAGGAUGCCCCCAGCAACUCUCAUUAUUAUGUGUUUCUUGAAGAACAAGAGGAUGAGAUCAUUGGUUUUGGACAGGAGCUCAAAAAUCCCCAGGAGGAGACCCUACAGGCCUUUGACAGUCAUUAUGACUACAUUGUGUGUGGUGGCAAUGAAGAUAUGGUGUGCACCCCCAAGUCAGAUGAGUUCAAUCCCUGUGAAGACAUAAUGGGCUACAAGUUCCUGAGAAUUGUGGUGUGGUUUGUGAGUCUGCUGGCUCUUCUGGGUAAUGUCUUUGUCUUGUUUAUCCUCCUCACCAGCCACUACAAACUGACUGUCCCUCGCUUUCUGAUGUGCAACUUGGCCUUUGCAGACUUCUGCAUGGGGAUCUACCUGCUCCUUAUUGCCUCUGUAGACCUAUACACUCACUCGGAGUACUACAACCAUGCCAUAGACUGGCAGACAGGCCCUGGUUGCAACACAGCUGGGUUUUUUACUGUCUUUGCCAGUGAGUUGUCAGUGUACACAUUGACGAUCAUCACCCUGGAGCGCUGGUAUGCCAUCACUUUCGCCAUGCGCCUGGACCGGAAGAUCCACCUCAGGCAUGCAUAUGUCAUCAUGGUGGGGGGCUGGGUUUGCUGCUUCCUACUUGCCCUGCUCCCUUUGGUGGGAGUCAGUAGUUAUGCCAAGGUCAGUAUCUGCCUGCCCAUGGACACAGAGACCCCUCUUGCUCUGGCCUAUAUUGUCCUUGUUCUAUUGCUCAACAUAGUUGCUUUCAUUAUCGUCUGCUUCUGUUAUGUGAAGAUCUACAUGACCGUCCGAAAUCCCCAAUACAACCCAGUGGAUAAAGACACCAAGAUUGCUAAGAGGAUGGCUGUGUUGAUCUUCACUGACUUCAUGUGCAUGGCCCCGAUCUCAUUCUAUGCUCUGUCAGCACUUAUGAACAAGCCUCUCAUCACCGUUACCAACUCCAAAAUCUUGCUGGUUCUUUUCUACCCACUUAAUUCUUGUGCCAAUCCAUUCCUCUAUGCCAUUUUCACCAAGACCUUUCAGAGGGAUGUUUUCAUCUUACUCAGCAAGUUUGGCAUCUGUAAACGCCAGGCUCAAGCAUAUAGGGGCCAGAGAGUUUCUCCAAAGAACAGUACUGGUAUUCAAGUCCAAAAGGUUAUCCAGGACAUGAGACAAAGUCUUCCCAAUAUGCAAGACAACUAUGAACUGAUUGAAAACUCUCAUCUAACCCCAAAUAAGCAAAUCCAAAUCUCAGAAGAAUACAAGCAAACAGUUUUAUAGACUGUCUCUACACUAUUU